AUGGCAAGGUUGCGAGGUUCCCUGGUCAAGGCAUACUCAACCUUAGUACUCGUACUUAGUACUACUACUACUAGUACUACAAUUGUCUUCUACGGUGGUGUAGUGGUACUAGUCGUCUGGACUCUGGACCCUGAAGUACCAGUGCCCUACCCGCUAUUCCUAAAACAACAGGGGCCAUUCCAGCCUUCUUAUCCUUGUCUCAACCUCAUGCGCAAAUGCCAUGACUUGACAGGUUAUCCGGCAUUUGGCCGGGCAAAGUGGCCUCAGAUGACUCCAUAUGUCUUUGAUCCAAAUAUGAAGAUUUGCUCUCGCAAAAACUGCUCUAGAUUGGAUUCGACCAAGCAGACGAGUUGGCCAUACUACAAGGUUGCUAUUUCUUCCGUGUACUCGUAA